UUUGCUUACUCUGCAAUCAAUUUUCAUUGGCAAUUUGGUUUGGAUUCGAGUGGACAUCAUCUGCAGUUUGUUUUGGUAUGAGAUUUAGCACGAACGCAACUGGUGUUUGUCUUCUUAAGAACAAGGAAUCAUCUUUGUGCUGAUAUAUGUACCUCAAUUGAUCUUGGUGUUGCAGACAUGCAUACACGAUUUUGAAAGAUACUUGAUUACUUGAAGUGUCCAAUUCUGCAUAUUAAGAAGAUUCACAGUAAGGUAAGGAAGCAGACGAAGAAGAGUAGUAAAAAGCUGCUUUGCUCAUUUCUGCGAUGAAUUUCCAGAACGGCUCUUCGCCUCGCCGUGCGUCGGCGGCGGCGGAGAAUGAUAUCGAGGCUGGUCCGGCGACUCGCCGCUCCUCUGACUUCGAUGAUGUUGAUGUUAACGAUCCAUUUGACAUUGCGAGGACCAAACACGCCUCGGUUGAGCGACUCAGGCGGUGGAGGCAAGCGGCCCUUGUGCUAAAUGCUUCUCGUCGAUUUCGGUAUACCUUGGACUUGAAAAAAGAAGAAGAGAAGAAACAUAUAUUGAGAAAGAUUCGAGCGCAUGCACAAGCUAUUAGAGCAGCAUAUCUUUUUAAAGCAGCUACUACUGAUGGGGGGCAAGUGAGUGAAACUAUUAAACCCCCUUUGACCUCCACUGGUGAAUUUCCAAUUGGACCAGAGCAACUUGCUUCAAUUUCAAGGGAGCAUGAUACUGCUGCUUUACAGCAAUAUGGAGGGGUUGCAGGGAUAUCAAAUUUACUGAAAACCAAUUUAGAGAAGGGGGUUAUUGACGAUGAUGCUGAUUUACUGAAACGCAAGAAUGCAUUUGGAUCUAAUAAUUAUCCUCGAAAGAAGGGAAGACCUUUUUGGAUGUUUUUGUGGGAUGCUUGCAAGGAUCUGACCUUGAUUAUUUUAAUGGUAGCUGCUGCGGCUUCAUUGGCACUGGGGAUAAAAUCUGAGGGUAUUGAAGAAGGAUGGUAUGAUGGGGGAAGCAUUGCUUUUGCUGUUCUUCUUGUUAUUUUUGUUACAGCUGUAAGUGAUUAUAAGCAGUCUCUACAAUUUCGGGACCUAAAUGAAGAGAAGAGAAAUAUACACCUAGAGGUUAUUAGAGGUGGGAGAAGGGUUGAGAUCUCAAUAUAUGAUAUUGUUGUUGGCGAUGUUAUACCCCUCAAUAUUGGUAACCAGGUCCCUGCCGAUGGAAUUCUAAUAGCUGGUCACUCCCUUGCAAUUGAUGAGUCAAGCAUGACAGGGGAGAGCAAAGUUGCCCAUAAGGAUUCUAAGGAUCCCUUUCUGAUAUCUGGAUGUAAAAUUGCAGAUGGCAGUGGCACUAUGUUGGUAACUGGUGUUGGUAUUAAUACUGAAUGGGGGCUUCUAAUGGCUAGCAUUUCUGAAGAUACUGGUGAAGAGACACCUUUGCAGGUCCGCUUAAACGGUGUUGCCACCUUCAUUGGUAUUGUUGGACUCUCUGUUGCUGUUCUUGUCCUGUUUGUGCUACUAGGCAGAUAUUUCAGUGGGCAUACCAAAGAUACAAAUGGGAUAGCUCAAUUUAAAGCAGGCAAGACUAAAGUGGGUGAUGCUAUUGAUGGAGCAAUUAAGAUAUUAACUGUUGCGGUCACCAUUGUAGUGGUUGCAGUGCCUGAGGGGCUCCCACUAGCAGUUACUUUAACAUUGGCCUACUCGAUGAGAAAAAUGAUGGCAGAUAAAGCUUUGGUAAGGAGGCUUUCUGCCUGUGAGACAAUGGGCUCUGCGACAACCAUAUGCAGUGAUAAGACUGGGACAUUGACUAUGAAUCAGAUGACUGUGGUUGAGGUUUAUGCUGGGGGAAAGAAAAUUGAUCCUCCUCACCAGUUGGAGAGCUUUCCUAUGGUACGCUCUCUGCUCAUUGAAGGUGUUGCACACAACACUAACGGCAGUGUUUACGUACCUGAGGGUGCUAAUGAUGUUGAGGUUUCUGGAUCACCUACAGAGAAGGCAAUUUUACACUGGGGAGUAAAGCUUGGGAUGAACUUUGCGGCUGCUCGGUCAGAAUCGUCAAUUAUCCACGUCUUUCCAUUCAAUUCAGAGAAAAAGAGAGGCGGAGUUGCGAUCCAGGCUGACUCUGAUGUCCAUAUACAUUGGAAAGGUGCCGCUGAGAUAGUUCUAGCCUGCUGUACAGGGUAUAUUGAUGCAAAUGACCACUUGGUGGGGAUGGAUGAAGAGAAGAUGGCAUUUUUCAAAAAAGCUAUUGAAGACAUGGCUGCGGAUAGUCUACGUUGUGUUGCAAUUGCAUAUAGAUCAUAUGAAAAGAAGAAUGUUCCAGCUAAUGAAGAACUACUUGCUCACUGGUCUUUACCAGAGGAUGAUCUUGUUUUACUAGCUAUUGUUGGUAUCAAGGAUCCUUGUAGACCUGGUGUCAAAGAUUCAGUGGAGCUUUGCCAAAAAGCUGGGGUUAAGGUGAAAAUGGUCACUGGUGAUAAUGUCAAAACUGCUAAAGCAAUUGCUGUGGAAUGUGGAAUACUUAGUUCGUUUGCUGAAGCUACAGAGCCAAACAUCAUUGAGGGGAAAAGAUUCCGUGCCAUGUCAGAUGCAGAGAGAGAUGAAAUUGCAGAUGCAAUUUCGGUUAUGGGACGGUCAUCUCCCAAUGACAAGCUAUUGUUAGUACAAGCAUUGAGGAGGAAGGGUCAUGUUGUUGCUGUCACUGGCGAUGGAACGAAUGAUGCUCCUGCACUUCAUGAGGCCGAUAUAGGUCUUGCGAUGGGUAUUGCUGGUACAGAAGUAGCCAAAGAGAGCUCUGAUAUCAUUAUUUUGGAUGACAAUUUUGCUUCAGUUGUGAAGGUUGUCAGAUGGGGGCGGUCUGUAUAUGCAAAUAUUCAGAAAUUUAUCCAGUUUCAGCUGACAGUCAAUGUGGCAGCUCUUGUUAUUAAUGUUGUUGCUGCAAUUUCCUCUGGUGAUGUCCCCCUAAAUGCAGUGCAGCUUCUCUGGGUAAAUCUUAUCAUGGAUACUCUCGGAGCACUAGCAUUGGCAACUGAACCACCAACUGAUCACCUGAUGGAUCGAUCUCCUGUCGGUAGAAGAGAGCCUCUGAUAACAAAUAUUAUGUGGAGGAAUUUACUGAUACAGGCAAUGUAUCAAGUGUCUGUCUUGCUUGUUCUCAACUUCCGAGGUAGGAGCAUACUGGGUCUGACUCAUGACAAGUUUGACCAUGCGGUCAAAGUAAAGAACACUUUGAUCUUCAACGCAUUUGUUCUCUGUCAAAUCUUUAACGAAUUUAAUGCUCGAAAGCCAGAUGAGUUCAACAUUUUCAAAGGAGUCACGAAAAACUACCUCUUUAUGGGGAUAGUGGGAUUAACUGUUGUGCUUCAGAUUGUCAUCGUCGAAUUUCUUGGGAAAUUCACUUCAACAGUCAGGCUAAAUUGGAAGCAGUGGCUUAUAUGUGUCAUCAUUGGAUUUAUUGGUUGGCCUCUUGCUGUUGUCGGGAAAUUCAUACCAGUUCCAGAAACUCCUGUGAAUAACUAUUUCUCAAGAACUUUUCAGCGAGUUAAAAGAAUUUUUUGGCGAACUUCAGGAAAGAAGGAGGAACCUGAGACUGAGGCUUCACAUUAGUCAUAUGUAGACGUUGGCUGAUUCAUACUCUGCUGGUUCGUUGUCUGACUGAUGGCCUACAGCUGAAAAUAUUAUAUUUCAGCGGAACACUUACAGUUUUACGAGCUAACAUUACUUGAACUAGUUAAUGGCGAGAUCUUGGACUUGUUACAUACUUAGGUUCUAACAAAUACGGAAGUGUUUUGGUUUUUUUGUUUUCAUUGUACUUGAUAGUUUGACAUUGAGUACUUGAAAAUAUAUGGUUGAUAACUUCAAUUUGGCUGCUUGUUCUUGAUUUGUGUAUGGAUUUUUAAUUCUCCUUUUUUAAGUAAUAGUAUUUUGAAACA